GAGUGGACUGCAGGAGGGGGGUCAGCUAUACCACUGCCUCUUAAAGCCUUGGGGCUGAUCAUUAGAGCCUCAUAGUGAUACCGAGAGGAGGGGAGGGCAUUUUUGCAACUUUUCAACUCGGCAGUGUGCGUUCACCCUCCCUUGACUCAUUUACCUGGGGCCCUCACACACAUUCACAGAGAGGUGCACAGACGGGGGAUUAAGCAUUUUCCAUUUUUGGAAGAAAGAGGAUUACGUGGUGUGCACUUUUUUUGGGGAUACGAUCCUUGAGUGGUUGGAGUCAGACAGAAAGGCAUGGCACAGGGACAAAAGAGCCCCAGGUGGGCAUUGACCCAGCGCCCCUUCCGCUUGGCGCUGGGCCUGUGGCUCCUGCACCUCCUGGCUAGUGUCUCGGCAGCGGACGAGUACGACUACUACAGCUGGCAGUCGGACAACUUUCACAGCGGCCGCUUCUACACCAAGCAGCCGCAGUGCGUGGACAUCCCGGCCGACCUGCGCCUGUGUCACAACGUGGGCUACAAGAAGAUGAGGCUGCCCAACCUGCUGGACCACGAGACCAUGCCGGAGGUCAAGCAGCAGGCCGGCAGCUGGGUGCCGCUGCUGGCCAAACGCUGCCGCGACACCCAGGUCUUCUUGUGCUCGCUGUUUGCGCCCGUGUGCCUGGACCGGCCCAUCUACCCGUGCCGCUCGCUGUGCGAGGCCGUCAGGGACAGCUGCGCCCCCGUGAUGGAGACGUACGGCUUCCCCUGGCCGGAGAUGCUGACGUGCGACAAGUUCCCCAUCGACAACGACCUGUGCAUCCCCAUGCAGUUCACGGGCAACCACGCCACCCAGCCGCCAGUGUCAAAGGUGUGUCCUCCGUGUGACAACGAGCUGAAAGCGGACAACAUCAUGGAGCACUACUGCGCCAGCGACUUUGUCCUCAAGAUGAGAAUCAAGGAGGUGAAGAAGGAGAAAGGCGACAGGAAGCUGAUCGCGGCCCAGAAGAAGAAGAAAGUCUUAAAGCAAGGCGUGCUACGCAAAAAGGACCUGAAGAAGCUGGUGCUGUACAUCAAGAACGGCGCCAACUGCCCGUGCUCGCAGCUGGACACCCUGGGCUCCAACUUCCUCAUCAUGGGACGCAAAGUGGACCAGCAGCUGCUGCUCAUGUCCAUCCACAAAUGGGACAAGAAGAGCAAGGAGCUCAAGUUUGCCAUCAAGUACAUGAAGUCCCAUCAGUGCCCGACCUACCACACCGUCUUCCAGUGAUGCAGACCACCCGUCCGUUCUUACUCCACACAUUCUGCAGUUAUUUUACAAAUAAUACAACCUUGAUUCCAUAAUCCCGGAAAACAAGGUCUCUGAUAUAUCAAAAGCAGGGGUCCCCAAACUUUUUGACUCGGGGGCCGCAUUGGGUUAAAACAAUUUGGCCGGGGGGCCGGGCUGUAUAUAUAUAUAUAUAUAUAUAUAUAUAUAUAUAUAUAUAUAUAUAUAUAUACUGUGAUGAGGUGGCGACUUGUCCAGGGUGUAGCUAAAAUAGGCUCCAGCAACUCCCU